AUGGCGCCCGAGCCGAUCAAAAAAGCCUUCCUCGAGUGCAGCGAGAAGGGCAAGAAUGACUGCGUCACCGACGACGUCCGGCUCUUCCUCGCCCAUUGCGGGCAGUUUUCAGACAUUGGGUAUGACGAAGCUGCGGGCUCGGCGUGCUGCUUUGAGACGAGCACGAGCGCUGUCCGGCAGUGCCUCUACUACGACAGUAACUUCAACGCCAAUCGGAUCAACCUCUUUUAUGACCCAGCACGGUCCAGCACCAAGCCCACGACGCGCCUCGCCAACCACUGGAGCAGCUACCAACACAUCUCGUGGCUAGACAUAGCCGGCGUCUCGAUAGCCGACCCGAUCACGCCCACGACGUUCAAAUACGAUGUGAUGCGAAAACUGAGCGUCAUUGAUGCCGACCUGAGCGCGAUCGAGACGCCUCCGAUCGCGUCGCUGAAUGUCCUGGACCUCCACGGAAAUGCGCUCUCGACGUUCCCGGCCUUUCUCUUCCGCAGCAACUACGCGUCGAUCCAGCAACUCGAUGUGGGCGGCAACAAUUUCCCCGCAACCUUUGCGCUCAGUGGCGACGAGUGCACAAGUCUUCAGAAAGCCAUCGACGCAGGGCACCUCACGGGGCAGAAGCUCUCGUGUAAUUGUGGUGGCGCCAAUGCCACGUGCGCGCUGCCGGUACCCACGACGUCGCCGCCGACCACCGUCGCGCCGACGACAACGACGACGCCAACCACAGCACCCGUGACCACAGCACCAUUGCGACCGCUGCCAUCACAAACCAACGGCACGAGCCCGAAUCGCCCGACCGAAGCCGGCACGUCACCACCACCCAGUGUUCCUUCAACCACCGCCAAGACAGGCGGCGAUUCGGGCGGCGACUCUGGCACGGUGAUCAUCUCGUCGAUGCUCGUCGUUGUCGUGCUUUUGGCGGCGGCGGCGCUCUUCUUGUACCGCCGGCGCAAGCGGCUGCGGUCGCACCUCCCCGGCGGUCCCACGAUUGUCUCGGGUACGAUCUUCUCGCCGCAGUCGGGCCAUGCGUUCACACGCCCGCUCUUGCUCACGGGCGCGCCCCGGUCGCUCAAGCACGUCGACUCGCUCUCGUCGCACUUGAGCAGCGAGCGCGAUCUCAAAGUGAUGGCGUCCAUGCGCUCAUCGCGCAUGCCCAUCACACACCACGUCGACAAGGUCCCGAUUCUGCAGCCGGGUGAGUGCCGGAUCCUCAAGGCGAUGGGUCCGACCAUUUUUGCCGGGCAGUACAAGGGCGAGAACGUCGUCGUGCGCCGCGUUGACGCCCGCAUCGUCUCGGAAGAGGACGUCGCGGCGUUCGUCUCGGACGUCAACCAGCUCGCGCAGCUCGUGCACCCGCAGCUCGUAUCGCUCCACGGCAUUGUCCGCCUCGGCGACUACGAGGUCGGCGCGGUCGCCGAGUUUAUGCACUGCGGGUCGCUCCCGCACAUCCUCAUGAACGCAGACGUCGAGAUCGCGUGGCCCGACACGCUGCGCAUGUGCUUCCAGGUCGCGUCAGGUCUCGCGUACGUGCACAGCCAGGCCGAGUUUGCGCGCACCGAGUGCUUGACGAGCCGAAGCGUCCUCGUCAACACGCAGCUCACGUGCAAGCUCAACAUUUUCGAGUACAUGCGCCACUUCCAGCAGCACGAGACCGUGCACCGCGUCUAUGGCGACGGCACGAUCGCUUGGGAAGCGCCCGAGGUCUUGAUGCACGACUGCCCGCGAGGUGGCACGGCUGACGUCUAUUCGCUCGGCGUCGUCAUGGGCGAGAUUGUCACGCGCACGCGCCCGUUCCAGCGCUAUGUCAACACGCUCGGCUACGUACGCGCGGACGUGGCGAUCCUCGACCGCGACGCCAAGAGCCACGAGCACCCGUUUAGCGACGACGUCGAGUUCGAGUCGUGUCCCAAGCCGUUCCGGUCGCUCAUGCUCUCCUGCCUCCAGCGCGACGUGCUCAAGCGGCCGCUGGCCGUCUCGGUCGCCGAAGAGCUGCGCCGCGAGCUGCUCCUCCUCUCCAAGAACUUUGGCUAA